GGAGUGUUUGCUCAGUACACUUGAGCGACUCAUUUGAGACAAUCGACUGUUGACUCGAAAUGUUGCAGAGUUUUAUUUUGAUCCUUUGCUGUUUAACAGCAUGCAGAGCAGCUGCUACCUCGCAGGCAGCCGUGCCGCCUCCGGCCACGCCGCAAGUUUAUUGUGGCGAAUUACCGAAUCAGAUUUAUAGCUGUCUCAAGCUACAUAAUAUACACCCAGGCGUCUCUACCGGCAAUUGUCUGAGAACCUCUGAUUCAUGUGAGAAACUGAGCUGUGUCCUCCGGGAAGGCGGCAUGCUAGUGGACGGCAAGUUGAACAAGACCAAAGCGGCGGAGUACUACGAUAACUUCGGCGUAGAAAAUCCGCAGUGGGCGGCGGCGGUGACGCACGUCAAGGCGGAGUGCGUGGAGCGUGACCUGCCCGCACAAGGCACCUACCUCGACUGCCCCGCGUAUGACCUCAUGUGGUGUGCGCUGACGGCGUUCAUAAGGAAUGCCCAGCCCUCCCAGUGGUCCACUUCGGAUAAGUGCGCGAUCUCCAAGCAGUUCGCAGCUUCUUGUCCGUUCUGCCCUGAAAGCUGCUUCGCCCCCGCUGUCCCCAUCGGAUCCUGCAACGCCUGCUAUUCUCUACCUAGAACGCCUUAAACUAAAAUUAAAUUUUAGCAGUGGAGGAAUUCUCUAUUCUUCUUCACUUCCUCUGAGACGA